UUUAACAACGGUGCAAUUUUACCGACGCCCUAAACAAAGAGAGAGAAGCUAUCCCUUGACUUUGCUCCUGCGCGCGAACGAAGACACGUCCUUCACAUCAGAAACACAGGGAAGAUAUCUGCCUGUGCGUACAGGUCCAGUGAGAGCAGAGAGCGGUCUAUCGGGCGGCCAUGAGCAGCAUUGGAGACAGUAGCAGAGGCCAUUCUCAGAAAUCUUUCAAGCAGCGGAGAAGUUUCGGUGCGUCGUGUUUGCUAUUGGCUCCCAGUACGGUAGCUUUGAGUGCGGCGAGUGUACGGGUCGCUGCCUGGUAUAUAGGUGUGAUACCAUGUUUGGAGUUCAUCAAUUGACGUAUGACAAUGGACAACAAAACCACGUUUGGUUAUUACAACCCCCCCUAGUGUGUUUACUCCUUUCAAUCGUUCAAGAGACCCACAGUUAAUUUUUUGCAGAUGUGUGUAACAUGUAGCCUAAACUGUGUGCCUGCUAGUGUCUUUGGGAACGAGUUAUUCGACAGUAUAUACAUAAAAUGGUGUAAUUUGGAUAUUUGUGUAUUCUGGAUUCUCUUUCGUCGCUACUCCUUCAGCCAGUCGUAAAGAUGAGGUGGCCAGCAUCAGAUCAAAAUUCCCUCAAAAAGUGCCAAAAUGAGUGCAUCCCUAUUCAGUUAAACUCUGUGAUAGUGGAGAGAUACAACAAGGAAAAGGACCUUCCGCUGUUGGACAAGACCAAGUUCCUGGUACCGGAGGAGCUGACAAUGAGUCAAUUUGUCACCAUCAUCAGAAACCGGAUGGGGUUGUCUUCGACACAAGCGUUCUACCUCCUGGUGAACAACAAGAGUCUUGCCAGUAUGUCAAUGACCAUGAGCCAGAUCUACGAUCAGGAACUGGACGAAGACGGCUUUCUCUACAUGGUCUAUGCAUCACACGAGUUCUUUGGCUGACACACCGACAUUACGUACACCAUGUCUAUAUAUCUGUCCAUUUUAGAACGAUUAUCUGUUAAUUUUUAUCUUAUUUUUGUGUUCACACCAAAAAUGCAUGUAGUGGCACACACAUUUUACUUUAAUGAAGAAGGAGAAU